CUGUGGAAAAAUCGAAACCAAAUUUAUUGAAAAUUAAACAAUAUUAUUUCUUGUUCUUCUGUGUUCUGCGAUACAAUGUUUUUGAUUUUAUCAUUAUUAUUUUAGUUAAAAAAGCCGGACGUAGAAUUGCCUUCAAAUGCUAUUAUAGUCUAUCACCAUGUAAAUUAUAAUAAGGCGCCUCCAUUAUUGUCAUGUUAUCAAACUUGUGUUGUUUAUAUUUCACUUAAAAUGCCGAUGUAAUUCAGUGUAAUCCGGGAGUGUUCAAGAUGAUGGUCUCCAUGGCGACUGGUGGUCCAGGGGACCCGCAUACACAAAUGAACACAUAUCGCAGCUACGUGACGAUGUUGGCAGACCCUGGUGCCAAAGACGAAAUCAAACUCAAAGCUGCACAAGAGCUUAGCGAGAACUUCGAGGUAAUUUUAAGCUCGCCACAGUAUCCACAAUUUUUGGACCAUUCUCUGAAGAUAUUUCUUAAGAUACUACAAGAUGGUGAACCACAUUUCAUUGCUGAGUACAAUAUACAGCAAGUAAGAAAACUUAUACUUGAAAUGAUCCAUCGAUUGCCUAUAAGCGAAACUUUAAGGCCAUAUGUUAAGAGUAUUCUUAUUCUCAUGUUAAAACUAAUGGAAAUUGAAAAUGAGGAGAAUGUACUGGUGUGUUUGAAGAUAUUUAUGGAGCUCCACAAGCAAUAUAGACCUGCUUACAGUACUGAUGUAGAUAUUCACAAAUUCCUGCAAUGGGUAAAGGGAAUAUAUUCUGAUUUGCCUAAUCAUUUGCCAAAAAUCUUUGAGCCGAAACCCAUAAUUAGGGUAAAGGAUCUCUCUGAAGUUAAUAUUGAUCAGCUUCUACAAGAAACAUACACAACCACGCCUAUACACACUGAAAAAAAAUUAUUAGAUGGGAGUGUUGUAACUUACAACCUCAUUCCACGGUCAGUAUUAUCGUUAAAAGUGAUACAGGAACUUCCAAUUAUAGUGGUGCUUAUGUACCAACUUUACAAGCAGAAUGUUCAUCAAGAAGUCAGUAACUUCAUACCUCUAAUUAUGGAAACUAUAACUCUGCAACCUGCAACAACCCAUAGGCAAUCAGCAUCAUUUAACAAGGAAGUGUUUGUCGACUUUAUGGGAGCUCAAAUAAAGACAUUGGCAUUUUUGGCAUACAUAAUCAGAAUAUACCAGGACACUAUUGCCAAUCAUGCCAACUUGAUGGUGAAGGGAAUUAUUGGGCUACUCACACUGUGUCCGCCCGAGGUGGCGCAUUUAAGGAAAGAGCUUGUGAUUGCUACACGACAUAUUCUAGCUACAGAUUUAAGGCUGAAAUUUGUUCCCUACAUGGAACGUCUGUUUGACGAGGAGGUACUACUCGGCGGUGGUUGGACAGUACACGAGUCACUUCGACCACUCGCGUAUUCCACAUUAGCGGAUCUAGUCCAUCACGUAAGACAGCACCUGCCUUUGACUGACCUCGCUAUCGCGGCGCAUUUGUUCUCUAAGAACGUACAUGAUGAAUCUCUCCCUACCAGUAUCCAGACAAUGUCCUGCAAAUUACUGCUCAACCUAGUGGACUGCAUACGGCAGCGGUCGGAAAACGAAGCGGGUGCGCCCCAAGGUCGCCACUUGCUAAUGCGUAUACUCGAAGUAUUUGUUCUCAAAUUCAAAACCAUAUCAAAGCUGCAGCUACCGGCACUAAUGGCAAAAUGUAAACAAACCACACCAUUACCAAUUGGAACGAAUGGAACUACUAAUCCAAGUACACCAACCACACCGGCCCCAAAUACAACAACUCCAGAAGUAAAAGUUGAUGAAGAGAAACCAACACCUGACUUCUUGGACAGCAUAAAUAAGAACGAGGAAAAGUCCAAAAUUGGUUUCCCCGUAUCGCAAAUGAACAAUCUUAAUGUAGGCGAUUAUAGGACACUCGUGAAAACUCUGGUUUGCGGUGUUAAAACUAUAACUUGGGGAUGCGCGUCAUGUAAACAGACCACAACAAAUAGUGAGGGCACAUCUACAACAACAAUUACAGGACAGAAACAGUUUAGCGCUCGCGAAACACUCGUUUUUAUACGACUUGUACGUUGGGGUUUACAAUCUCUUGAUAUUUAUACGUUAUCUGCGCCGAGAACCCCUGCCCAGCCUCCAGCGCAACCUCACGUGCGCUCUAAAGAAGAAAAAGAAGUCCUUGAACAUUUUAGUGGUGUGUUUUCAAUGAUGAAUCCUCAAACUUUCCAAGAAAUUUUCACAGCAACUAUAUCUCACAUGGUAGAAAGAAUAAAUAAAAAUCCAACUCUACAAAUAAUCGCUAACACGUUUUUGUCUAAUCCGGCAACAUCGCCUAUAUUUGCCACGGUUCUAGUAGAAUAUUUGCUGAAAAGAAUGGAAGAAAUGGGUACAAAUGUAGAAAGGUCGAACUUAUACCUUAGACUGUUUAAGCUAGUCUUCGGUUCCGUCAGUUUGUUCCCUACGGAAAAUGAACAAAUGUUACGACCUCAUUUGCACAGCAUAGUCAACAAGGCGAUGGAUUAUGCUAUGACCGCUAAAGAACCGUAUAACUACUUUUUAUUGUUGAGAGCAUUAUUCCGCUCAAUCGGAGGUGGCAGUCACGACUUACUCUAUCAAGAAUUCUUGCCUUUGUUGCCGAAUUUGUUAGAAGGAUUGAACCGUCUUCAAAGUGGUUUGCACAAACAACACAUGAAAGAUCUUUUUGUGGAGCUGUGUUUGACGGUACCCGUGAGACUUAGCAGUCUGUUGCCUUAUCUUCCCAUGUUAAUGGAUCCAUUGGUAUCUGCUCUUAAUGGAUCCCACACAUUGAUAUCACAAGGUUUGCGAACUCUUGAACUCUGCGUGGAUAACUUGCAGCCAGAUUUCUUAUACGAACAUAUUCAGCCUGUAAGAGCAGAUCUGAUGCAGGCACUUUGGAGGACAUUACAGAAUAAUGAGGUUGCAAGGAUAGCAUUCAGAGUGCUCGGGAAAUUUGGCGGUGGUAAUCGAAAAAUGAUGAUUGAACCGCAGAGAUUAGAAUAUCGAGAAACGGACGCACCCCCUCCGGCAGUCCAAGCUUACUUCCAAGAUCAACCGAAGCCUGUAGAUUUUGAAGUGGAUAGAGUAAUAGAAACCGCCUUCGCUGCUCUAAAGUCGAGUACGACAGAUCCGUUCUACCGACGACAGUGUUGGGAAGUCCUUCGUUGUUUCCUCGCGUCAUCUCUCAAUCUUGAUGAUGACAGGGCGACAUUGCAAAAGCUGUUCUAUCAUCCCAGCUUCCUCGAUGGCAAGAUUCCGCCUCAAAAUGGACCAUAUUACAAGUGUAAUAACAGCAUCGUUAGAAAUACUCAUUGCACUGCUUUAACGGGAAUGUUCGUUGCAGCAGCUAUCAAAGAAUUAAGGCACCAUGUUCUGCCUACUAUGGUUUCUCUUGUUCGACACUACACAUUGGUGGCUAUAGCUCAGGAAGCCGGCCCAUUCGCAGGUACUGGAGGCCCUAAAGAAGGUCUGGAUGCUUUAGUAUUAGUUGACGCAAUUGCAGUAGUAAUGGGUCACGAAGAAAAGGAACUGUGCAAACCCGGUCAUUUGGCCUUAGUUUUGAUGAUAGAAACCGCAGCAACUGUUCUAGGAAGUAAAGAACGAGCUUGUCGCUUACCCUUAAUGGAGUACCUAGCGGAGCGAAUGUCUGCUCUAUGUUACGAACGUGCUUGGUACGCAAAAUUAGGUGGCUGUAUCGCAGUUAAAUUUAUGUUCGAGAAGAUGGCUCCUGAGUGGGUUUAUAAACACGUUUUUACAUUUUUAAAGGCAGUAUUAUUUGUUAUGAUGGAUCUUACUGGGGAGGUGUCUUCUGGAGCCAUCGAUAUGGCAACUGUGAAUUUGGAUCGUUUAGUUCGUGUUUGCGUCACUGGACCGGGUGGGGAAGGCGAGCCUGAAGGAGACGUGGCUGCGGCAAAAGCGCGUGCUUUAACCGAUGUCCUACAAGAACUAGUUCUUCAAGUCACUAGUCCUCAUCUUCUUGUACGACAACAGGCCAUGAAAUCGUUGGAACUCAUUGCGGAACUGCAAAAUAAAACAGUGACAGAAGUUAUGGAUCCUCAUAGGGACGUGUUGGCGGAUAUAAUUCCACCAAAGAAACAUCUAUUACGUCAUCAACCGGCCAACGCGCAGAUGGGCUUGAUGGAUGGUACCACAUUCUGUACCACGUUAAAACCAAGACUGUUUACAAUAGAUCUGGCCAUAAACGAACACAAAGUGUUCUUCCGGGAAUUGCUUUCCCUUUGCGAGGCGGAAGACGCCAUGCUUGGCAAGCUGCCGUGCUACAAGGGCGUCAACUUGGUGCCAUUGCGGGCCUCCGCCCUUAAAGCCCUGGCUGCCUGUCACUACAUACAGGAUAAGCACUGCCGCGAGAAGAUAUUCCAAGUAUUAUACAAGUCCCUAGAGAAAAAUGACCAGGAGCUGCAACAGGCCGGUUUUGAAUGCAUGCAAAAGUUCCUAUCAGGCUUUCAAAUUGAUAUGGAAAUGGUUCAUCCAGUGAUGCGACCUCUUUUACUGACAUUGGGCGAUCAUAGGAACUUAAGUGUGAAUGGCGCUAAAAGACUGUCCUAUUUGACCCAACUCUUCCCUUCGACGUUCAGUGAAAAGCUCUGCGAGCAAUUGCUACAAUUGUUGAAGAAACUUUUGGACUAUUCAAUACAGACAAAUAGAGGAACCAACUUCCUCCAGAGUGUUUCAAAGAACAUGGAGAAUGAACAAAAAAUUAUAAUAUUGAUUGGCAUUUUCCAUCAAAUCCCAGCUGCGUCUCCGCGUUUCAUAGAGGUUUUGUGUCGUCUUAUUUUCCACACUGAGAAAUCGCUACUGAUUGAAGCUGGUUCGCCGUUUAGAGAACCUUUAGUAAAAUUCUUACUGAGGUAUCCAAAAGAGACGCUUGAUCUAAUAAUGAACGAUAACAAUAUCAAAGAUCAACAAUGGAGCCGAUUCCUAGUAUUUUUAGUCAAACACUCUGAAGCGGGGCCGGCGUUCAGGGAAGCAUUGCAUACGUCGAAGAAACCUCGACUAAUGCAACUGCUCGCAGCAAAUAGCGGUGGUGCUGGGGCAUCUAUACCCCAGGCAGAUAAGGCAGAAAUGCAAUUCCAAGCUAUUCGGGUGAUAUCGUUGCUGAUUAAGUUUGACGACCAGUGGCUUUCGACGCAGCACGAUUUGAUUGAGCUGGUCAAACGUAUUUGGUGCAGUGAUCAGUAUCAUGAAGUUCACAAGAAAGUUGAGAAUGUGGACUGUACCCACUGGAAGGAGCCAAAGUUAAUAGUGAAAAUUCUGCUGCACUACUUCUGCCAUCAUCCUUCUAGCAUAGACUUAUUGUUCCAACUCUUGCGAGCUCUUUGUGAUCGAUUCAUUCCAGAUUUCCAGUUUCUCCGAGAUUUCCUCGAGAACACAGUAGCCCAAAACUACACAAUCGAUUGGAAGCGAUCAGCAUUCUUCCGUUUUGUGGAUCACUUCGCAAGCGAUGCCAUGCCUCAGGAGCUCAAAGCGAAAGUACUACAGAUGAUCCUAAUUCCAUGUUUCGCGGUCAGUUUCGAGAAGGGACAGAAGAUAGUUGGAGGGCCACCUGCUCCGUAUCAAGAUAACCCUGACAAUGUUGUCUCUGUAUUCAUAAAUAAUGUUAUAGACCCAGAAAAUCCGUUUGCAUGUUCCGACGCCGUACGAAUCUCACUGCUUCAGUUCGCCUGUCUAUUGCUAGAGCAGGCUUCGGCGCAUAUCCACGAUGCUAAUAACAAGAAGCAGGGUAAUAAGUUGCGUCGGCUUAUGACCUUCGCCUGGCCGUGUCUACUUGGUAAAAACUACGUCGACCCUGCAACCAGGUAUCAUGGACAUCUACUCCUCAGUCAUAUCAUUGCUAAAUUCGCUAUUCAUAAGCGUAUCGUAUUGCAAGUUUUCCAUAGCCUACUCAAGGCACACGCUGUGGAGGCCCGAGCGGUAGUACGCGCGGCGCUUGAGAUCCUCACGCCUGCUAUGCCCCAGCGGAUGGAAGAUGGCAACACUAUGCUAACCCAUUGGACCAAAAAGAUCAUCGUGGAAGAUGGCCACUCGGUGCAGCAACUGUUCCACAUUCUGCAGCUUGUUGUGAGGCAUUAUAAGGUAUACUACCCAGUACGACACGCGCUUGUAGGCCAUAUGGUAGCUGCAAUGCAACGUCUUGGUUUCUCGGCUACUGCGUCCUUGGAACACCGCCGACUCGCUGUUGACUUAGCUGAAGUUGCACUUAAAUGGGACCUGCAAAGAAUCCGUGAUCACACACCUAUGGACAUUGUGGUAGCCACAUCGCCAAGCGGCGCAAUGAAACGCAUUUCCUCAGAUGAGAGCGGUAACGAAUCUCGCAAAGCUCUCAACACAGGCUGGGCCAGUCCUCAAGCGAGCGUUUCGCGACUGGAGCCGGAUGCCGCCAAGCCGCUAGAUAGACAACAUGUUGAUGUUGUUGUGAAUUUACUGCUUAGACUGGCAUGUCAGGUUAACGAAGGUGGCGUAGCCGGUGCCGGGGUGGCAACAGCUGCGGCCGGCGGCGUAGGCGGCGCGGGAGGUUCACCGGGCGAACAAUUGUCGCGACGCUGCGUAUUACUUUUACGUGCAGCGCUAAAACCUGAUGUCUGGCCGCAUCUUUGUGAGCCUAAGUUGGCCUGGCUUGAUAAGGUGUUCUCAACGGCGGAUACGAACGCGGCUGCGUGCGCAAACGCGUGUACUGCACUGGAGUUGCUCGUGUUUCUACUGGGAGUUUUGAGACGGGAGCAAAUUCUAGCUGCACUAAAACCUCUGCAGCGUGGUCUAGCGGCCUGCGUCGCUUCAUCUAACGCAAAGAUAGUACGGCUUACGCAUAACCUACUGGCUAAGCUGACAGCAUUGUUCCCCACAGAGCCUUCGGGAGCUGCCCAAGCUUCAAAAUACGAAGAACUCGAAACACUAUACGCGUGCGUGAGUAAGUACGCUUUCGAAGGACUAGCUACGUACGAGAAGUCGGCCGGCGGUGCGGGCGCGGCGAGUGGCGCCAGCGCUCUACUUGGCCCUUUGAUGAUGCUGAAAGCAUGUUGCGCAUCCAGUGCUGGCUACGUAGACCGAUUGCUACUGCCGCUGAUGAGGGUAUUGCAACGUAUGGCAAGGGAUCAUGUCGCGCCUAACCCUGAUACAGCUACUUCGGAUUUGCUUAUUUUAGCACUGGAUUUGCUAAAAGCAAGAGUUUCGGUUAUGCCUGUUGAAACCAGGAAAACGUUUAUCGGAACUAUACUGGUCGGACUUAUUGAAAAAACCAAUGAUGCCAAGGUUAUGAAAGCAAUAACUCGGAUGGUGGAAGAGUGGGUGAAAUGGAAGGGCUCCGCGGCCGGUGCGGCACCUUCGUUGCGUGAGAAAUCGAUCCUGCUUGUAAAGCUAAUGCAAUAUGUGGAGAAACGUUUCCCUGACGAUCUGGAAUUAAACGCUCAUUUCCUGGACCUUAUCAAUUAUGUAUACAGGGAUGAGCACUUAAAACUAACUGAGCUAUCAAUGAAGCUUGAACCAGCUUUCCUUGCCGGGUUGCGAUGCCCGCAGCCGCAUAUUCGUGCGAAAUUCUUCGAAAUAUACGACGGCAGCGUACGGCGCCGCGUCUUCGAUCGUCUGCUAUACAUCAUUUGCUCGCAAAACUGGGAGCAUAUAGGACAGCACUACUGGAUCAAGCAGUGCCUUGAACUGCUGCUUGUUACCUGCGUUUCGAGCACACAGAUUAGAUUGUCGAAUACCAAAUACCUACUUCCAAACAUAGCAGCGGUAAUAAACUGGGCAGAUAGUGAGGAGAGGAAGUCGUUUGUGACAUUCAGCUCUGUGAAAGAAGAGUCUGUUGAUGGGUUCAGUGAUUCUCUUGACCCUGACAAGGAUGAUGUACUGGAUAUGGACCUGGACUCUAAUUCUAACCAAAAAGAUGACUUGACUAAGAAUGUGCCAAACAGACAACGAGCUCUAAACCAGAUAGUAGCAAAGCAGACGGAGUUCCUAGAGCUGGCUCGGCGCGUGCGCACUGAACAGUUGGUGGUUGCGACCGCGCAACUAGCACACAUGGACGAUACACUAGCACAUCACACCUGGCUGCGACUCUUCCCUGCACUUUGGUCUGCACUUGACGAUCGACAGCUAACAACAAUAAUGAAUGAGAUAGUGCCGUUCAUAAUAUCCGGAGUUCAUGUAAUCCAACGUGACCAGCCACUAAGUGCGCUCAACACAUUCAUUGAAGCACUUGCUCGAUGCAGCCCACCUGUUUCGAUUAAACCGCCUAUGAUGAAAUACCUCGGGAAAACGCACAAUUUAUGGCACCGAAUGACACUUAAUCUAGAACAGAUGGCCAUCGAUCAGGCGAGUGGUCGCACCAGUCGGGAAACCCUUGAGAUUUACGAUUACGAUAUCGAAACUACUCCACCCACGGAAGUACUAGACUCUCUAAGUGACAUGUACGAAUUACUACAAGAAGAGGACAUGUGGUCCGGUCUUUGGCAGAAACACGCUCGGUAUCGAGAAACAAAUGUUGCUAUUGCGUAUGAACAGCAAGGCUUCUUCGAGCAAGCCCAGGCCGCGUACGACGUCGCUAUGGCCAAACUAAAACAAGAAUACUCAGCAAACCCGUCGACUUAUAAUAUGCACAAGGAAUGUACUCUGUGGACGCAACAUUGGAUCAAAUGCGCCAAGGAGCUUAACCAAUGGGAUUCAUUAUUGGAGCUUGGCUUGACCAGGAAUGUUCGAGAUCCGUUUUUGAUACUCGAAAGUUCAUGGAGGAAUCCGAAUUGGCCGACUAUGAAGGAUGCUCUCGCUGAAGUGGAGUAUAAUUGUCCAAAGGAACUUGCUUGGUUAGUGAACCUGUACCGCGGGUAUCUGUGCAUCUGUGCGGGUGGCGAGCAGCAGCUGAGUGGUGUUGAAAGGCACGCCGAAGCUGCGGCGGCGCAGUGUUUGCGAGAGUGGCGCCGCCUACCGCGGCUCGUUUCGCACGCACAUUUGCCCCUGCUACGCGCCGCCCAACAACUUAUGGAGCUAAGCGAAGCUGCGCAGAUACAUACCGGACUCCUUCACAGCCGACCAACGUCGCUGCACGACAUGAAGGCCAUAGUGAAGACGUGGCGCAACCGACUGCCCGUAGUGGCUGAUCCUUUAUCACACUGGGGUGCCAUCUUCACAUGGCGCCAGCAUCAUUAUCAGUUCAUCGCGUCGCACUACGACUCGCAGACAGACCACGCAUCGAACCACAGUAUGCUUGGCGUGCACGCCAGUGCACAGGCAAUAAUACAUUUUGCAAAGAUUGCAAGAAAACAUAAUCUGUCCGGUGUAUGCCUGGACUCAUUACAUCGCAUUUACACAAUACCUAGCGUUCCCAUAGUGGACUGCUUCCAGAAAAUAAGGCAGCAGGUCAAAUGUCAUAUCCAGAUGUCAUGGACUGAGGGAAAAGAAGAACUGCAGGAAGGGUUGGAUAUGAUAGAAUCGACCAACUUCAAGUAUUUCACUAAAGAAAUGACAGCCGAAUUCUACGCGUUCAAAGGGUUGCUUUUGGCCCAAUUGGGAAGGUCGGAAGAUGCGAAUAAAGCUUUCGCUGCUGCAGUACAAUUACAUGAUACGUUGGUGAAAGCCUGGGCCCUAUGGGGUGAUUACUUGGAAAAAAUAUUCAUAAGAGACCCGCGACAAACGCAAGUCGGGGUAUCGGCUAUGACGUGCUUCCUCCACGCUUGCAGGCAUCAAAAUGAAUCUAAGUCAAGGAAAUAUUGCGCCAAGGUCCUUUGGAUGCUGAGUUUCGACGACGACAAAAAUAGCCUCGCUGAAGCUCUAGACAAGUAUUCAGUGGGUGUUCCGCCGGUGCAAUGGCUGCCUUGGAUACCUCAGCUGCUGUCCUGUCUCGUCCAGUAUGAUGGAAAUGUUAUACUCAACCUUUUAAGUCAUGUGGGCCGUCUCUACCCGCAAGCAGUGUACUUCCCAAUCCGCACUCUGUACCUGACACUGAAGAUUGAACAACGAGAACGACAUAAGACUGCAGAAAAUCAUAAUUCGCCCUCAACGACAACUGCCACCACUGCUGCUGCAAGCACAAAGCCCAACGAAGGAGCGUCGACUUCAAGCGGAGGAGGGAGUUCGAGUUCAGGAGAAGCAGGCCCCAUCAAGGCCACCCUGCCUAUGUGGCGCUGUUCCAAAAUCAUGCAGUUACAACGCGAAAUACAUCCCACGGUAUUGUCCUCUCUCGAGGGCAUCGUUGACCAGAUGGUGUGGUUCCGCGAGAACUGGUACGAGGAAGUACUCCGGCAGCUUCGGGCAGGCCUCGCGAAAUGUUACGUGGUCGCCUACCAUCAUCGCUCCGCCGUUGCAGUUGCCACUGUAACCCCGCAGACUCUCAACUUUAUCAAGAAGGUCGUCUCCACCUUCGGAAUCGGGAUUGGCAUAACUGCAUCGGAGAGUCUCGCGAGGCGUGCGCAGGCCACCGUGCAAGACCCAGUCUUCCAGAAGAUGAAGAGCCAGUUCUCGACCGAUUUUGACUUCACACAGCCCAACGCUAUGAAAUUGCAAAAUCUCAUACAGAAACUGAGGAAGUGGGUCAAGAUUCUCGAGGCCAAAACAAAGGUUCUGCCCAAAUCAUUCCUAAUUGAAGAAAAAUGCAGGUUUCUGUCGAACUUCAGUUUGAAGACGGCUGAAGUGGAAUUGCCUGGAGAAUUCCUAUUGCCAAAGCAUACCCACUAUCACGUAAGGAUUGCCCGUUUUAUGCCACGCGUGGAGAUUGUCCAGAAGCACAACACUUCUGCUCGAAGGCUGUACAUACGAGGACACAAUGGCAAAAUAUAUCCGUACCUUGUGGUAAAUGACUCCGGACUAGGCGAUGCCAGGAGAGAGGAACGUGUGCUGCAGCUAUUGAGAAUGCUGAACCACUAUCUCGGCAAACAGAAAGAAACUUCCCGAAGAUUUUUGCAUUUCACUGUGCCAAGAGUUGUCUCUGUAUCUCCUCAAAUGCGUCUUGUGGAGGACAAUCCCAGCUCAAUCUCUCUACUGGACAUUUAUCGCACGGAAUGCGCUAAUAGGGGCGUGGAAUACGAUGCACCUAUAAGCCGAUAUUACGAACGCCUCGCGGCCGUACAAGCUCGAGGGUCGCAAGCUUCCCAUCAAGUUUUACGAGACAUCUUACGCGAGGUGCAAGCAACGAUGGUACCCCGGGGACUGGUGCGUGAAUGGGCAGCCCGCACUUUUGCGGCCCCUACCGACUAUUGGACUUUCCGCAAGAUGCUAACACUGCAGCUGUCACUCUCUGCAUUUGCGGAAUACGUGCUGCACCUGACACGUCUUAACCCGGAUAUGCUCUACGUGCACCACGACUCGGGACUUCUCAAUGUCGCCUAUUUCAAGUUCGACGUGGAUGACACCACAGGUGAACUAGACGGAAACCGCCCCGUGCCCUUCCGAUUAACACCCAACAUUUCGGAGCUCAUCACUAACAUGGGCAUUACCGGGCCCCUCACAGCUUCCGCCAUCGCAGUAGCUCGAUGUCUUGUCACACCAAACUUCAAGAUUGAGUCCAUCUUAAGGACGAUAUUACGGGACGAAAUGAUAACCGGUUAUAGAAAGCGUCUCGAGGACAAAUCGGGCAAUCCGACAGCAGGCACUUCCAGCGACACCAAGCCGAUGGAGAUGGACAACGAAACCAUCAUCAGUAUGGUGACUAAAGCCGUAACUGUCAUCAUGAACAGACUCAAUUCCCUCGCGUUAUUCGACGGCCCCGACAGCAAAGUGGCGACGCUAGUAACCGCGGCCAAUAGCCACGACAAUCUUUGCCGUAUGGACCCUGCUUGGCAUCCAUGGUUGUAAAAAAAGCAGAGAUAUUGUGUUGUUUUUUUUUUGCGGGUCCUAAAUUGACGAGAAACCCAAAAUUAGAAUACUUCGUUUCAAACCCUUUGACUUUACGCAACAGCGAAUAUAAUCUUUGCCAUUGUUUUCUGUUUGUCAUUCUUGACUUGGGUUUUAAAUAACUUCGGUCAAAAAAGAAAAUAUAAAAUAAAACUUUUCUCGGAUCUGACAGAUAGACGGUGACUAUUUGCUUUUCUUUACAGAGCUAUAUUUCCUUAUCCCUAGUAUGAAUUUUCAUAGUUUUGGAAAUUUAAAUUCAAUAAUAAUUUCCUUGUACAUCUUGAGCAAGCAUCCAUCGUACACUUAUUGGUAGUAUAUAAUGUACCACUUUGAAACAUGGAGAUAUCGGCACUCACGCAAAGAACCAAAGCUAUCGAAAUGAGCUAUUGGGUACUGUUCAGGUAAAAGGCGAGAGCGAAAAAAACAAAGGUCGAAAAGCUAUUCGCACUCAAGGUCUCAGAAAGUUUCGGAGUAUUAAAGCAAGGAAGCUUGUGGCAAUUUCUGGUUGGUAAGUUAUUAAUAAAGAAUAAAAGCUCGUGGUCAGGGUAAACAAGAUGGCAAAAAUUUAGAAUAAAAUCAUCAGUCUUUCUUAUAAAUGAUGUCCUAAGUUACUUGGCAUUUAGUUAUGUUAAUUUGAUCACACAUGAAAAAUCUAACAUGAUUUCGUUGAAUUUUUUGUGUACAAAACGUGAAAUACAAUUAUUAUUUCCUUAUUAACAUAUAUACCGGUGACAAAGAUGCCAGGUGUUACAAAAAGAUAUAAGAUUAAAAAAAUCACAUUGCAACCACAAUAGCAUAACUAUAGUGUUUUUUUUAUUUUUUAUUUUUGCUUCUUUUAAUUUUAAAAUAAUCUGCCAUCUCGCUUCUACACUGGAAUCUUUCUGAGGCUUAGGGUAGUUUGAAAUAUUGUAAAUAAUGAUAUUAUUACAUAAAAUUUUUUUGUAGUUGAUGCCUA